AUGACAGAGGUGGCUCAGAAUCUGCAGCGCAAUGACAUCUACAACUUGUGCAAUGUCACCUUGCAGCGAAGUUAUGCCGAUGCCAGGGUGCUGAAUUGGCUUCUGCGUGCCUUUGGUACCAUAGACCUCCUGCAUGUCGACAUCCAAGGAGCCGAGGACGAGCUCCUGGAUGGAACCCACCUCCUGUCGAAUGUCAAGCAACUGCACAUCGGCACGCACGGCCGUGAGAUACACCGACAGUGCCGCGGCUCGCUGUUGUCGCAUGGCUUCACGCUCGAUGUUGACUACCCUCCCAGGACCUUUGUCAGGUCGCCGUAUGGUCCUCUGCUUCUAGAUGAUGGCAUCCUCGCAGGGCGGCAGCCGCAAAGUGUCACAAGAGACGACAUCACGUCUGGAACCCCAACGCAACUGACGCCCGCAGGCCAGCGCGAAACCACGCGCCAGAAGGUC